AUGGAUGACUACAAUAGCUACGUUGAGGCAUUGUCCACUUCCAACGUGAUUUUGCUGAAGCGUGACCCAAAGGAGUCUUGGGUGAAUGGAUACAAUCCAGAUUUGUUAAGGGCAUGGAACGCUAACAUGGACAUUCAGUACGUUCUUGACCCUUUUAGCUGCAUCAUGUAUAUGCUGUCGUAUAUUUCCAAGCCAGAGCAUGAAACGAGCAAUUUACUGAAGAACGUAAUCAAGCGUGUGCGUCAAAGAGAUGUUAAUGAGGAAGAUGAAAUGAAGCACAUAAUGCAGGCCUACUCAAAGCUCAGGCAAGUAAGCGCUCAGGAGUCUGUGGCACGAACAUGCAGCUUACCGAUGAAAAAGUGUUCACGAAGCAUUGUGUUUAUACCGACGGACGAUGAUGCACUGAAGAUGAGUCUUCCCCUCAGUGUCCUACACAACAAAGAUCCCGAUUCAGAGGCAGUGUUGCCAAACCCCUCCCUCAGAAAAUCUCUAGAACCACCCUCAAAAAUAAAUAUAGGGCAAGGCCUCAAACACGGGAGUUUGAAAAGAAGCAAAGAUUUUGCUUUGGAAUACCGUAUUGUGUAUGGUCAGCAAACGGAGGGUAAGAAUGUUCACCGGCUGCUCAACAGUAUGGGAUUUUUUCAGAAAAGAACUGUUGGUAAGGCUGCAGUUAUUAGAUAUGCACGGUUUUCGGAGGAAGAACAACCCGAAAAGUUUUACGGUAGAUUACUGAAGCUUUAUAUGCCACAUCGUUUCAAUGCACAGCUAAAACCUCAUACAUUUCCAACCUAUGAGCAGUUUUACAAAAGUGCAUCUGUGGAACUUCCUACCCACCCUGGUCUCCUGAUGCCUGUUCGUGCUGUAGUGAAAGCACACCAGCAGAAGUUUGAUGAAGUGGAUAAGGCACUUGAUCAGCUGCAACAGCAAGGGCCACCUGAGAACGCGUGGACAGCUUUUGCACCUGAAAUUGAAGUGGAUCGUUUGGAGUGCAUUGCAGAAGGAGACGACAUCAAUCCAGAUGAUGAGAAUGUACAAUAUGAUGUACCAGAAUAUCAGAUUCUUGAACAUGGAGAUGGAGUCAUGCCACAAAGAGAGGCACCGCAGUUGAGUAUUGAAUUUGCUAGGAAGUUGUUUAGAAGUCUAAAUGAGACUCAGGCAGCCAUAUUCUACACUGUCUGCCAGUGGUGCCAGAAGCGUGUGUGGGGUCAAAAUCCAGAACCGUUUUUUUACUUCGUAUCAGGUGGUGCUGGUUGUGGAAAAUCGCACGUCAUCAAGUGCAUAUACAUGGAAGCAACCAAGAUUCUGCGACAACUGCCUCGAGGGGAUCUCUCUGUGCCUACAGUGCUCUUAAGUGCAUUUACUGGAACGGCAGCAUUCAAUAUUUCCGGUAAAACACUGCAUCCCAUUUUAAAACUUCCAAGGAAUCUGAAGCCACCAUAUCAAGGACUUGGAAAUGCCCUAGAUGAACUACGAGCUAGAUUACGUGAUGUGGAGAUUCUUAUCAUUGAUGAAGUGUCAAUGAUUUCCAAGGAUCUUUUUGCCUACAUAAACUGGAGAUUUCAGCAGAUCAAAGGCAGCAAGAAACCUUUCAGGGGAAUCUUGGUCCUCGCUGUGGGCGACUUUCACCAACUGCCACCGCUUGGUAAAGCCAAACCACUCUGCGUGUAUGAAGAUGAUGUUUUGGACUUCUGGAAGGACCAUUUCCAAAUGAUCACCCUCACAGAGAUCAUGCGUCAGAAAGAAGACCUUGCUUUUGCCCAACUUCUGAACCGACUACGAGUGGAGCAGAAGACCGAAGCUCUCAGGGGAGAAGAUAGAGGUUUGUUACUGCAGGCUGUGAAGAAGCCCGAAGACUGCCCUCGUGAUGCACUGCACAUAUUUGCCACCAAUAAAGAAGUUCACAGGCACAAUGCUGACACAGUACAUGCUCUUCACACUGACAUCAUUACCAUUGAUGCCGAAGACUACAGGAAAGACCCAAGAACAGGAGCGAUGAAGAGACAAAACAAGCCUAUCAUCGGAAAAAAGGAUGACUUGCUUGAUACCAUACAGGUUGCAGUGGGAGUACGUAUUAUGGUGACUAGGAAUCUGGAUGUCGAAGAUGGAAUCGUUAAUGGAUGCUUUGGGAAGAUUUCAAACAUUGUCACUAAAACAAGAAAUGGAAUCGACACUGUACAGAUGCUAGGACUUCAGCUUGACAGUCCAAAUGCAGGACAGAAAUACCGCAAAAGGGUGCAAGGUGAUGAAGAUAACUUGGUUUAUAUUGAGAGAUCCGAAGAAAAUCUAAGGAAAGGAGCAGUUCGUCGACAAUUCCCCAUCAAGUUAGCCUACGCCGGCACAGCACAGAUAUUCUUUGCACAACGGAAACUCACCUGUCAGGCUCAUGUAUUUCACCACAUCUCCAACUGAAAGGAUACAAGAUGAUUGCAAAGAAUAGACACGUCUCCUACUCAACCUAUGCAGAAAUUGCGAAGAAAGAUGGUGGAGUUGCAAUAUUUUGCAAAGAAGACAUUCAAGCUCAACCCCGACAGUACAUACACAAUGUCACUGACCUGGAGUUUGUCAUCAUCAAAAUUGACACACCCACGAAUGCAACGAUUGCUACUGUGUAAAGGCUUUGCUUUAACCCCUGGAUGGGACAAACUGUGUAUAGCACUGAAGACCAAAGCAAGGACGAUGCUGAAGACAGAAGAAGCAGAGAAAUAAGCAUACUAAAGCAGGAUAUCCAGCCUGUACGACGAAUCAGAUCCAGUGGCUAGAUGGCGGGAGAUGCUUCCUUCAUCUAAUAAUUGGAUGGCUAAUUAAUCUUAAUAUGUAAUUAAUAAAUUGUUUGACCAUAUUACAUAAUUGGUUUAAUUUCUAAAUAUAUUAAUAUUUCACAUAUUAAGUAAGUAAAAUGAAUGUGUUCUUGAAAUGUGUGCGUCGUGCCAGAGGAGGAUGGGUCCCCCUGCUGAGUCUGGUUCCUCUCAAGGUUUUUUACCUCCUAACUUUAUGGAGUUUUUUCCUUUCCUUCACUGGGGGUGUUGUGCCAAAUCCCGUCUCUCUCUCGGGUCCUUUCCAACCAGGGUUUUCAAAACGGACGUUUUUAAUCAAAUAAAAAUUUAAUGAAAUAACCAGGGCUGCACAAUUAAUUAAAAAACUAAAUUAAAUCAUGUUAUGGCUUAGUGACAAUCAAAAACGUAUAUAUA